AUGUUGCGGUCAAUCCUUUGCCUUACUUUAGUAGUUGGCGCCCAGGCAAGUGUAUGGGAUGGAUAUGGAUCUGCAGUAGGAUAUGGUUAUGGACAGGUCAAUAAAGGAUAUGGAUAUGGGCAGGUCAAUAAUGGAUAUGUUGGGGUUGGAUAUGGAUAUGGGGGAACUGGUGGAUACAACACUGGAGGCUAUCGGAAGAGACGUGAUGUGUCUGGUACGAAUAUUAGUGGUUACACAACUAAACCUAAAGUGUUCAGACCAACCUAUGGAUAUAAGGCCGGAUACAAGAGCGGAUAUCAAGGCAGAUAUAGUGGCGGAUAUCAAGGCAAAUAUGGAGGCGGAUAUGUACCUUCUGUAUCUAUCAGUCCGUAUGAACAGGUUUAUAAUCAGUACUCUUUACAUAAAGAUUCUCUACCUAACGGACCUAUUCAUGGGACUAAGAGAGAGUUAGAGUAUCGUAAUAUACUCCAAUCCUAUAAUAAGUACUCUGUUCAUAAAGAAUCUCUACCUAAGGGACCUAUUCAUGGGACUAAGAAAGAGUUCGAGUACCGUAAUAUACUCCAAUCCUAUAAUCCUGGUCAAUCUUCUACUCCUGCUCCAUAUAUUACACAGACAGUGGACUACAAGCCUCCAGUGGACUAUUCAGUUUACUACAAAUCUCCAAUGGUCUAUCCGGUAGACUACACGCCUCCAAUGGACUAUCCAGAAGACUACAAACCUCCAAUGGACUAUCCGGUAGACUACAAGCCUCCAAUGGACUAUCCAGUAGACUACAAGCCUCCAAUGGACUAUCCAGUAGACUACAAACCUCACAUGGAUUAUCCAGUAGACUACAAACCUCCAAUGGACUAUCCGGUAGACUACAAACCUCCAAUGGAUUAUCCGGUAGACUAUAAACCUCCAAUGAACUAUCCAGUAGACUACAAACCUCCAAUGGACUAUCCAGUCGACUACAAACCUUCAAUGGACUAUUCCGUAGACUACAGACUUUCAAUGGACUAUCCAGUAGACUACAAGCCUCAAAUGAACUAUCCAGUAGACUACAAACCUCCAAUGGACUAUGAAGUGAACAACAAACCUUCAAUGGAUUAUUCCGUAGAUUACAGACCUCCAAUGGACUAUCCAGUAGACUACAAACCUCCUAUGGACUAUCCAGUAGACUACAAACCUCCAAUGGACUAUCCAGUAGACUACAAGCCUCCAAUGGACUAUCCAGUAGACUACAAACCUCCAAUUGACUAUCCGGUAGACCACAAGCCUUCAAUGGACUAUCCAGUAGACUAUAAACCUAAAAUGGAGUAUCCAGUGGACUACAAGCCUCCCAUGGACUAUGCAGACUAUGAUCCUCCAAUGGACUAUUCAGUAGACUACAAACCUUCAAUGGACUACUCUGAAUAUGAUUACACAAAUUAUCCUGUUAACAACCCAAAGCAUUCCAAUGACUACAAACAACAUCCCAAGGUUUACCAACAACACCCAGAAGUUAAUAAACAAAAAUCAGAGGUUUAUCAACAACAUCCUGAGGUGUAUCAACAACAUCCUGAGGUGUAUCAAGAACAUCCCAAGGUUUAUCAACAACAUCCCAAGGUUUAUCAACAACAUCCCAAGGUUUAUCAACAACAUCCCUAGGUUUAUCAACAACUUCCAGAGGUUUAUCAACAUCCUGAGAUUUAUCAACAUCCUGAGAUUUAUCAACAUCCAGAGGUUUAUCAAUAACAUCUCGGCCACAACAAACCAUAAUUUACAGUAAAGUGUCCCAUAAAAAAGCUGGUAAAUCAUAUAAAUGCUUGAUUUUAUUUUGCAUUAUUACAUUAAAUGUAUUUAUGAACUUAAAUAAAUAUAGUUUGUUUGAA